UGUAAUCCGUACAUGCUUGGAAGUUUACGGAGUACACCACUGUGUACUGUGUAAUGUCACCGGGUAGAUGGAUGGAUGCGGGAGUGGGAAGUGAGGUUCUCGAUGCCGCCAAGCCAAGAGAGCUGCGAGGGACCCCGGUCUUCAGAACCCCCGUUAUUGGACUUUUACUCUGUCCACGACAACAUAGCACGUGAAAUCAGACGGCGACCGAAACAACAACUUCCAAUUACAUCCAUUACAGUGUGCCCGGCAGCUCCCAGACGACCCACAAAUAAUUCAUUCGCCUGUUUGUCGGCAGCUGUUCCCACGGUUUGCACAGCAGGGACCAGCAGAGCGGAUUUGACUCGACGCGAACGACGCGACAAUGGCCGAGACGAGCAACGACGACGACGCCAAGUCCAACAAGCGGAGCCAUGCAGACUUCACGGGCGAUGAUGGUUCCGACAGCUCCUCGGACGACGACAUGGGCCCGCAGCUGCCCUCGGCGGCGCCCAAGAAAAAGCGGCGCGUUCUUCCAUACGAGAAGCUCUACAUCUCGGCCCUCCCCAAGUCGACGCGCUAUUCCAAGUCCCUGAUGCACAAGGAGCAGCUGGCUUUCCUCACCAUGACCCCGCUGACCGAGUUCCUCAUCACGACGUCGGUGGACGGCGUCGUCAAGUUCUGGAAGAAGGUUGCCGAGGGCAUCGAGUUCGUCAAGGAGUUCAAGGCGCAUCAGGGCGAGAUCUUGUCCGUCUCGUGCAGCCAGGACGGGCGCAGCUUUGCGACGGCCGGCGUGGACAAGACGGUCAAGCUGUUCGACGUCGUCACCUUCGACCUCCUCGCUGUCCUCCAACUCGACUACGCUCCGCGCUGCGUGUGUUGGGUUCACAAGAGAGGAUCGUCUCUGCCUCUCUUAGCCGUCUCGAACGGGGACGGCAAGCCCAGCAUUCGCAUUUAUGACGGUAGGGGCGAGGACCAGGAACCCGUCCACACGAUUACCAACCUGCACCGGAGUCCCGUGUCCCUGAUGGCGUUCAACGACCACUACGAUUGCGUAAUAUCGAUGGACGAGGGCGGCAUGGUGGAAUACUGGCAGCCGGGCGGCUCGUACCAGAAGCCUGACAAUGUCUUCCGGUACAAGAGCUCGACGAGUCUAUUCGAGUUCAAAAAGGCAAAGUCUGUGCCUUCGUCGCUCACUCUUUCGCCCGAUGGGAGCAGAUUCGCCACCGUGUCCUUCCCAGACCGCAAGAUUCGCAUUUUUGACUUUGCCUCCGCGCAGCUCCUGCGGACGUAUGACGAGUCGCUGCAGGUCAUGGAGGAAAUGCAGCAGGCCGGGACCGCGCUGCAAAAGCUGGAUGCCGUUGAGUUUGGCCGUCGGCUCGCUCAGGAGCGUGAGAUUGAGUCCCCAGCGCUCCGCGACAAGUUUAACGUUAUUUUCGACGAGUCGGGGCACUUCAUCCUCUACGGGUCCUACCUUGGGGUGAAGGUGCUUAACACGUACACCAAUCAGGUAGUCAAGGUCUUCGGGCGAGAGGAAGGAUUCCGCCCGCUGGCGUUGGCGAUGUACCAAGGACAGCCUCGGAAAAAGGGCGUGACAACGGUUGCCAUGGCGGCGUCGAGCAACCCCUUGCUGCAGGAAUCCGAGACGAGGGACCCAAUUCUCGUCGCUACAGGUGUGAGGAAGGUCCGCUUUUACAUGUUCACCAACGACGAGGAGGUCUCCAAGUCGUCGAGAGACGUCCAGAACGAGAAACCAACCGUGCUGGGCCCGAAGAAGGUUGAAGAGAAGAAGAAGGCCGAGACGGGCACAGCGGCCAUCAUCCACACCACUUACGGCGACAUCCACGUCCGAUUGUUCCCCGACGCGGCCCCAAAGGCCGUAGAGAACUUUGUGACCCAUUCCAGGCGCGGGUACUACAACAAUACCAUCUUCCACCGCGUGAUCCGUAAGUUCAUGAUUCAGGGUGGCGACCCCUUGGGCGACGGCACGGGCGGCGAGAGCAUAUGGGGGAAGGAGUUUGAGGACGAGUUCAGCAGCUUGAAGCAUGAUAAGCCAUACACCCUCAGCAUGGCCAAUGCUGGUCCGAAUACAAACGGCAGCCAGUUCUUUAUCACGACUGAAAAGACGCCGUGGCUCGACAACAAGCACACCAUUUUCGGGCGCGCCGUCCAGGGCCUGGACGUCAUCCACAGGAUUGAGAAUGUCAAGACGUACAAGGAGAAGCCGGUAGAGGACAUCAAGAUCCUGAAUAUCGACGUCGUAUAGUACGGGCUUGGCUUGGCCGAAACCACCAUCACCGCAGUCUGAGCUACCGACGUGACUUCGGGGCCACAGAAAGCGCCACCCCCGCGACCAACAAGGACCGCACAGAUUGCCAGGACAUGGGUCAUGUAUGAAUGAAGUGGGCACUCUCAAGAUGAUGGGCCGCGGCCGGGGAUGGGACGAGGCCCAGAUUCGAUAUCAAUGCCCGAACGG